GUUCAUGCAAACAUUUCCGCAGAAGGUUGAGCAGCAUACAUUGUUUGCUUGACAGUCUCGGUCAUUCUCACAUUUGUACUUGCACAGAUAUAAGCUGGGCCUCUUCUCACAGGGGAGGACGAGUGGAGGACUGUGCACGGCUGAAAAGGAGCAGUAACAGUCUCUGUUCAGCCUCUAGCAGCACCGGGGAAAGGCCUGCCUUCUGCCAGCACUUUGACCCCAACACAGAGACAACCAUGGGAAGCUGGAUCCUCCUCCUCACCAUGUUCAUCCACGGGGUCGUGGUGCUUCUGCCUGUGCUGGGGGGCAUCAGGAACCAAAAUGAUGAAGAAAGAGAAAUCAGUCAGUGCUGGGUACAGCCGCCAUCAACAUUUUGUGGGAAAAGGUGUACACACCUGCAGAAGUGUGUAAGUCCAAACUCUACUUGCUGCUGGACCUACUGUGGACGAAUCUGCUUGGAUAAUGAGGAGCCUUUAAAAACAAUCUUAAAACCCUAG